CGCUAUAUGUAUAUUUUGCAAAAGGGGAGGAAAGAAAAAGCCAAUUCAUGAGAAGCCAAGAGCCACGAGCAAGUUCUUCUUGUGCAGCUUGCAAAUUCAUGAAAAGGAGGUGCACACUUAACUGCCUCUUUGCACCUUAUUUUCGAGCCGAUGAGCCAAAAAAGUUCGCCAAGGUCCAUAAGGUUUUCGGAGCUAGCAAUGUCACCAAGAUCCUAAAUGAGGUCCCCGAGCCACAAAGACAAGAUGCGGUCAAUUCCUUGGUGUUUGAGGCCGAGGAGCGGCUCAAAGACCCAGUAUAUGGAUGUAUUGGGGCAAUAGCGUCUUUGCAAGAUAAGAUGUUCCAGCUACAGCAUGAUCUAGCCGUGGCUAAAGCUCGGCUAGCUAGAUGCUCUACUAGAACAUCUUAUGCUUCUUGUUCCACUACUUCACCAUUCUCCAUGUUGGAUGGUGAAUUUGGUAUGACACCUUUUGACAUCUUUGUGGUGGAUCAGGGUUGUGGAUUGUCGAAUGAGUUUCGUCAACACCCAUUUCCAUGACGUCAUUUCAAACUCACCUCGAACGUUUGACUUUGUAUAUGAAAACGAGAGCUCUACGCUCUCCCUAGCUCUUCUAUCGUUGUUAAUUUAGGGAUGUAAUGUGUGUUCUCCUAGAAGUGCAUUUGAACGACUUCUAUGGGACUAAUAUUAUAGUUCAUCAACUCAUCUCCUAGAUGUUAUGGGUUUAAUUCGUGCAUAAUGUUUUAUUGUUAUGUGGAUUUGAAGAGUUGAUGGGUAUUAAUGUAAUUAUUGAUGUUGAAAAGAUUGCUUUUCUUUUGGCC